CGUAGGAAGGAGGUGAGAUUAACAGGGAUUCUCAGCGGCAGCAGACUUGCGUGUCUGAAGGGAAUCGACCGCAAUGGGCAGCAGCGAUUCAAAGCUGAAUUUCAGGAAAGCGGUGAUCCAGCUCACGACCAAAACGCAGCCGGUGGAAGCCACAGAGGAUGCCUUCUGGGAUCAGUUCUGGACAGACACCACCAUCACAGUCCAGGAUGUUUUCGCUUUAGUGCCAGCUGCAGAGAUAAGAGCUGUUCGAGAGGAGUCCCCCUCAAACCUGGCAACCCUCUGUUAUAAGGCGGUGGAGAAGCUGGUACAGGGAGCAGAGUCUGGCUGUCCCACAGAGAGGGAGAAGCAGGUGAUCCUGAACUGCACUCGCAUCCUGACCCGGAUUCUUCCCUACAUCUUUGAGGACCAAGACUGGAGGGGGUUCUUCUGGUCAACAGUGCCUGGUGCUGGGCAUGCAGGGACAGAUGAGCUGGACGACGACGAUGGAGCCCGGCCUCUGGCCGAGUCGCUGCUCCUUGCAAUCGCUGACCUGCUCUUCUGCCCUGACUUCACUGUGCACAGCCACAGAAGAGGCCCUGACUCAGUGGAGAGCAUGCAGUCUUUAGACAGUUGUGAGUAUAUCUGGGAGGCUGGGGUAGGAUUCGCCCAGUCCCCCCCUCUAAACUACAUCCAUGAUCUCAACAGGGCAGAGCUGCUGAGAUUAUUACUAACCUGCUUCUCAGAGGCCAUGUACCUACCUCCUUCACCUGACAACAGCGUCCUCAACCCCUGGGUCACAUUCUUCUGCUCAACAGAGAAUAGACACGCUCUGCCUCUGUUCACAUCUCUUCUUAAUGUGGUCUGUGCUUAUGAUCCGGUGGGCUACGGUAUCCCCUACAACCACCUGCUGUUUGCAGAUUACCGCGAGCAGCUUGUAGAGCAGGCUGUGCAGAUCCUUAUUGUGACACUUGAGCACGAUGGAGGGGUUCCCCGACCUGCUGCUUCCUCAUCCAGUAUAGAGGAACUAGAGAAUGCUGGCCCUGAGAAUCUCUUUGUCAACUACUUGUCACGGAUUCACAGAGAGGAGGACUUUGACUUUGUGCUGAAGGGCCUCGCUCGUUUGCUCACCAAUCCUCUAACUCAGACAUAUUUGCCACAUUCCACCAAGAAAAUCCAGUUCCACCAAGAGUUACUGGUGCUGUUCUGGAAACUCUGCGACUUUAACAAGAAGUUCUUGUUUUUUGUCCUGAAGAGCAGUGAUGUGCUGGAUGUUCUUGUUCCUAUACUCUAUUACCUGAAUGAUGCCAGGGCUGAUCAAUCUCGUGUUGGACUCAUGCACAUCGGUGUGUUUAUUUUGCUCCUACUGAGUGGUGAGAGAAACUUUGGUGUGCGCUUAAAUAAGCCGUACUCUCUCCAUGUUCCAAUGGACAUCCCAGUGUUCACAGGGACGCAUGCAGACCUCCUAAUCGUGGUUUUUCACAAGAUUAUCACUACUGGACACCAGCGCCUCCAACCUCUAUUUGACUGCCUGCUCACCAUUAUUGUAAAUGUUUCCCCCUACUUGAAAAGCCUGUCCAUGGUUGCUGCAAAUAAACUACUCCACCUGCUGGAGGCUUUUUCCACCACCUGGUUUCUGUUCUCUGUUGCUCAGAACCAUCACCUUGUCUUUUUCCUUCUGGAGGCUUUCAACAAUAUUAUUCAGUAUCAGUUUGAUGGAAACUGUAAUCUGGUCUAUGCCAUCAUCCGCAAACGCAAUGUAUUCCAUCAGCUGGCCAACCUGCCCUCUGACCCCGCUACAAUCCAAAAGGCUUUGCAAAGGAAAAAGAAGUCACCAGAUGUGAUUUCACGCACAAGCUCUCAAGAGACUGUGUCCAUGGAGGGCUCUCACCCUGCAGUGCCAGCAGAGCCGGGUACAUUGAAGACAAGCUUAGUCGCUAUACCAGGUAUUGAUAAACUGACUGAGAAGUCGCAGGUAUCGGAGGACGGGACCAUGGUCUCCAUCCCAAAGUUGGAUUCUCCACAGACAGUUUGCUCAGACCAAAGUGCAGCUGCUGGAACCAGUGACACAGAGUCAAACUCAGGCAGAGACAAUGAAGAUGUUUUCUACACUGAGGCAGAAAUGGAAAGAAGGCGUUUAUCGAAUGCCUCUUCGACUUCGUUAUGGGUUCCCACACCAGAGUGGAUUUUAUCUUGGAAAUGCAAGUUGCCCCUGCAGACUAUUAUGCGUCUCCUACAAGUACUCGUUCCCCAGGUGGAGAAGAUCUGCAUUGAUAAGGGCCUGACAGAUGAAUCCGAGAUCCUGAAGUUUCUCCAACACGGCACGUUGGUUGGACUGUUGCCGGUUCCUCACCCCAUCCUGAUCAGAAAAUAUCAGGCCAAUGCUGGUACAGCCAUGUGGUUCCGUACUUACAUGUGGGGUGUUGUUUAUUUGCGCAAUGUGGAUCCUCCCAUCUGGUACGACACCGACGUGCGCCUUUUUGAGAUCCAGAGGAUGUAAACCUCAUGACUAAAAGAAAAGCACUUUUCUCAUUCUACAAGUAUCCACUGGUUUCUGGGAAAGAAAAACAGAACCUCACUGUGUUAGACCUGUCCUCUGAUCAUUAUGCUUGCACCAAACACCUUCCUACCUGGAAAGAUUAAAGAUAUAUGAAGUAUCAUUGAUGUCUAUAAGC